AGAUACGUGAGAUUUGUUGCUCAGUGUACACGUUGCCUAAAAUUUGGGCGGUUGUUUUGGCGCCGAAUCGCACAUCUCGUUUUCAGAAACCCGCGCGACGGCCGUCUCAAUUCCUGUCCGUCCGAUCCGCCCCGCGGGCACCCUCACUACCACAUCCCUACCGUCGAUGUCCUCUUCGUCCCCAAAGGGACUCCGCAAGCGCCGCCUCCUGCCGACCGUCGUCCCCUCUCCCCUCUUCCCCUCUCCGGCAGCAAAGAAAGGGUGAGAGCGGACAGCGAGAAAUCGUUAGAAGGCGAAGCGAGGCGAGGAGAUGCAGCCCAAGAUCAGCGCGUUCUUCAAGCGGCAGGAGACGGAACCAGAUCCUAACAGUGGCGGUGGAGAGGAGCAUGGGCAGGGAAGCGGCGGCUGUGGCGGCGCGACGGAGGCGAAGAGGAAGCCCAAGGACGGCGAGCGCGGCGAGCUUGUCAGCAAGAAGAGGAGCUAUGCGCAGUUCCAUUUGGAGCUGGGCCAGCCCGAUUUCCUCCUCCACACGUGCUCCGUCUGCGGCAUGAUGUACGCCCGAGGGAACGACGACGACGAGAAGGUCCACAAGGCGUACCACAAGAAUUACUUCGAGGGAGUCCCGUUCAAGGGCUGGCGCAAUGAGGCUGUGAUUGCAAGGUCGGAGGGCGGAGACCGGGUGACUCUCGCAACUGAUGAGAAUUAUUGUAUGUGGAAUAGUAAGGUCAAAGAGGUCAUCACAGUAGUGGAGAAGGAGCUGGGAUUUGCUGAAGGGAAACUUCUCCACAAGCUUUGCAAGGUUUAUCUGUACAUAUCUGGCCAGAGGAUCGUGGGCUGCCUUGUCGCCGAACCAAUAAAAACAGCACAUAGAGUUAUCCCUAGCUCCAUGGAACAAAGCCAUAGCGACUUGCUGGCUAGUAAUACUGAAUCGAGGAAAACAGAUCAUACAUUAGAGUUUGGCAAAAUCAGCUUCAAGAGGGAAAUCAUAAGACGGAAUACUCCCUCAGUCAAGGACAAAGAAGAGCACCAGGAUCCUGGUGCUAUAAUCUGUGAGAAAGAAGCUGUUCCUGCACUUUGUGGAUUUCGUGCCAUCUGGGUAGUACCAUCACGCAGAAGAAAACGAAUAGGCUCCAAACUAAUGGAUGUUGCAAGAAAAACCUUCAGUGAAGGUGGGACUUUGGGGAUCUCUCAGUUUGCUUUCUCACCCCCAACCUCCUCCGGGAAAGCGCUAGCAUGCCGCUACUGCAAGACCAGUGCAUUCUUAGUAUACAAGGAACAGAUGUAUAACAGAUGACUCAAGAAGGCGGAAGGCCCCCCCUCUCAAAAACUUUCUCCCUAUUGUAAAAUAGUUAAAUUAUUGCUACAUCUAUCCGCAAAAAUUUUUUGCCACAUCUGCAAGUGAUCUACUAGUAUUCAGUUUGACUGGAAAUUGCUAAUGUUUUGUAGCUUCUCUUUGUGA